AUGUCCUGUCAGCAGAGCCAGCAGCAGUGCCAGCCCCCUCCCAAGUGCACCCCCAAGUGUCCUCCCAAGUGCCAAACUCCUAAAUGCCCCCCAAAAUGCCCUCCUAAGUGCCCUCCCCAAGCUCCAGUCUCUUCUUGCUGCGGUGUCAGCUCUGGGGGCUGCUGUGGCCCCAGCUCCGGGGGCUGCUGCAGCUCCGGGUGUGGCGACUGCUGCAGCUCCGGGGGUGGGGGCUGCUGCCUGAGCCACCACAGGCGCCGCAGAUCCCACCGCCGCAGGCACCAGAGCUCUGACUGCUGCAGCCAGCCCUCGGGGGGCUCCAGCUGCUGCGGAGGGGGCUCCAGCUGCUGUGGAGGGGGCAGUGGUUCCACUUCAGCAGCCUCCAGAGUAUUGACCGCUGCCCCCUCCACAGCAGCUGGAGCCCCCUCCGCAGCAGCUGGAGCCCCCUCCGCAGCAGCUGGAGCCCCCUGA